AACUGAUAACUUUUAUUUUUCUCAGAUGAAAUCUUCAGCAUAGUUUUUCAAAUAUAAACAUGGUAAAGAUGUGUUUCAGUUCACUUCCUGAAAGACGCUGAAUAUAACAUACAAUGAAAAUAGGUUUUGAAGACAGUUACUAAAAAAUCAUACUACCUUUAUUGUGUAAACAAUUUCACAACCAAAAUCAUGUAUUGAUUCAUUUUUACUUAUUGAUGAAGCAAUAUUUGCCAAAUGUUCAGCAUCAUUCAGUAGAAUAAAAUAGUCUCUCAUAUUUUUAAAAUGUCUUUCAAUAGAUGUAAAAUACCUGAGUCUUGGGUGUAAUGAAACUGGUGUUUUUUUGCCUAUUUUAAUCUACGAGUUAAUUGUUUUCCAGUAUGAGACUCUACUACAAACAAUACCUUGAACUGUUUCACACUGCAUAUUAUGCAGCUGAAGUCCCAAAUUCAUUUCAAUCACUAACAUCUAAUUUCAGUUUUGAAUCAAAAACAGUUGUAGAUUCCCCAGGCCGUAGUCUGUUCACCAGGGGUUGUGCAUUUUAAUUAGCCAGGAUGCAUAAAACAUUUUGUAGCAAACCUGUGUAACUAAUAGUUGAUCCCCGUAGAUGCAGACAGGUAUAAUGUCACAGAACAAUGCUGAAAACAGUUAAGAUGUAAAUUUGGCAAGCAAAGCAGGUGCAAUUGAGGCUCAGAAAAUAGGAACAGCAUGCUGUUCACACUGUGAGUGGAUUUCAGAAAUUGCUUUUAGCAUUUUGCAAUAUGUUUAGCUUUUUUUAGCAAUGUUAAUUAAUGUAUCUGAGUUGCCCUCCUCUACAAUUCAAUACAGAACUAUAUUUCAGCAAAGGUAAGAUGAUGGGAGAGGGGUGUUCUCUACUUUUUCAAGACUUUGCCCAUCGCAAAAAAUAGUUUUACUUCAGGGGUGACCCCGGUUAACCCCUUGUAUUUGUCCACUAGUGCCUUCAUACCAUCUGGUCAUAAACAGCUCAGAAAGGCAUUUCAGUUCUAACAGGAGUUCCCUUGAGAAAUGCAUAUUAAAUUAUAUCAAGUGCCUGAAAAGCUGUCUCCUUCAAGACGAGUCAAUGCUAUAAUUUGCAGAACCACCCAGAAAAGCACCUUGCUCCUGGGUGUGUCUUCUCACAAUACAGUGGUACAUUUAGUAGUUCCUGAGUGAUAACUUCUUAAAUAAAGUGUCUUGCGUGAUUGAUUUCCUUUAUCAUUUCCUUUGAUAUCUGCAUCUACAGCUGGAAAUGAAUGCAUAAAUCUGUGUUUCCUGGUACAUUGCACAGUUAACAAGUGUAUGACAUAUUGAGGUUUUCUCCCAAAAGUCUCACAGUGGUUUAGCUGCUGUGCCGUAUGUGGAGCACAUGGGAGGAACAAAAGGUGUUUGCACUAUUUUAGCGUAGGGCACCUUACAAAUAACCCCAAACGCACACCCAGCUAGAACUGCAAUUUAGAAGCUAGGUGCCUGUAGAACACACUGAUGCGAAGAACGUUAAUCAAAACAGACAUAUGGAAAUCAAAGGACUGCCAGGAAAUACACAGAGGAUUCAACUUGGCCUAAAACCAACUAAGCUGAUGGUCCCACAAUGCAAUGCUGGACAGUUGAAGAACUUUGCUGUGGCAGCAGUGUUCAGUUUGCUACAUUAAAGACACAAUAACAUCCCAGUACAUUAAAGAUAGGCAUCGACUGCAAAAAAAAAAAAUGUCAGCAAGCAAUCUACACAGCAAUCUACACAGAGCCCCGACAACUGGAACAGAGCAGAGGUAAUACAACUGUGACAAAACAGCAAGCACAAUACCAUACUGACAUAAAGACAGGUAGCUUGGCCAUGUGAGUCAGGUUAUUCAGAAGACUGCUGAUUGAGAGAAGGGCUGUGGGCUACUGAGAGAAAGUGCCCACAGCCAGGCAGGUGAAACUAACUUCCUGGGACCCUGCACACAAAAGCUUUAAGAGAUGGGUGAGCAACCCACACAGCUGGAUGAGCCAAAUGGUUUUCUCUCGCUUAGCAUCUUUCUUAUGUUUAUAUGUAUGCCAAAGACAGAGAUGUACAGUGAAAAUACUGGACCGGAUGGGUGAUUAAUGCUUUUUUCAUAUGAUAGGUCUUUGCAUGUUGCUAAUUUUCAGAUUAUUCCGAUAUAAGGGAUGGGCAGUAUGGGGGCAUGGUAGCCAAUACACCUUCUAGGCCCUGGAUUUGAUUCUGGACCUGAGACCCCUCUAUGUGGAAUUUGCAUGUCCUCUCUGGGUGUCUGGGUGGGUUUUGUCUAGGUGUCCUGGAUUCCUCUCGCGUUCCAGAUACACAUUGGUUAGGCUGACUGGUGUCUUUAGAUUCUUCUUGUGUGCCUGCUAAUAUGUCAGCCAGAUGGAUUAGUGCACAAGGCAUAUUCCACCCUAGUGCCUGAAAUAUGCACAACAAACCCCAGGUUGCAGCAACCCUUACCAGGAUUUAAUUGCUUGCUGACAAUGGAAUUGCUAUCCCUAGCACGUUUUCUAAAAACUUCACUAUCAAAAUAUAUUUUUUUAUGACCUGUUUCUGGACAUUUCUUUAAUUUACCGUUCUUAGGGAUUACUACGUGAAAUGGUGUUUCUGAGGCUGAAUAAUAGUAAACUGUAUUUUGUGCAGCAGCUUCAAAAGCAAUCAGAAUCCCAAAGCACCUUCAAAUCCAUAAAAAAAAAACAUUGCACAAAAACAAAUUUUGAAGAAAAUCAUGAAGCAGGUCACGAAAUUAGAAUGUAGAAGAAAAAAAAUUAAAUCAGGAGGGAAAAAAAAACUUGUAGAAAAGUAACUCUAGGGAUUAAAGCACGACUCCCUGGUAUCUUUCGGUACGGGUUUACGGGCAAUAGCAUGAAGACCUUUCAGCCAGCUCCGUGCUCGCUUCCACGCACUCUCCUGAACACCUUUCAUCGUUUUUCCACUUCAUUAAUUUUGGCCAGACAUGAAAAACAAAAACAAUGCUUGCUAUGACAUCUCGGUCACUAUUUGUAGCUAAUACACUGCACUUAAUUACAAGCUACAGAUUUUGAAAGCCUUGGUGUCUUCCCCUUUUGUAUACUUUACAGAGGGAAGCGGCCAUGCCCGUUCAUCCCCGUCAGAGGUGGGUUAAAUAAGUUGGACUUGGUUUCGACACCGACUGUACAACAGCUCCAGAACGGUGCACGCUCGCAAAUAUCAUGUAAGAGAAUCGGGUUGUGUGAGGGCCUGUCAGUUUGAGCGGAUUUCGUACACAGUGUGUUAAAAGCUGACAGACAGGUAUGGCUGGGGUGGAUUCAGAGCAAUGAUUGAUAAACGUGGGUUCAGCUGGAGUUCAAGAGGAGCUUUAGACACAGCUAAUGACUGACAGCUGUGUGUUGCAAAGGAGUAAUCAGGGAAUAUUAAAUUAACCCGGUAACAAAGUGGAAUGAGGGUUUUCCUCUUCGUUUUACAACUUAAUCCUGGCGUGUGCAGUCUCGUCGGGAACAUGGUUAAGAAGUGCAGUUUUUAAGCGUUACAAAUGUAGUUUAACUUUGAACUCAAACGACCUGAGAAAGAGAAUCCGUUAUACAUAUAAUAGCGUGAACCAAGCGCAGAGCGACCUAAGGUUCAGAUUGUGACUGCAAUUCAAAGACAUCUCCUGCCGCUUUCAGUCUGAUGCAGUAAAAUAUAUCUUUGCAUUCGUGUUCUCCACUAAUGGUUAGGUUUUUCACAUUUUGUCGCCAAAGGAUAACACUUUAUGGGUGAGGCUUUGCAUAAUUCUAAACAAUGCCCUGAACUUCACACGCUCCGCUCCUGAAACAGCGCCUGUACAAGUAAUGAAAUUGAAAUAUUACAUAUUUAUUACAUCAGAGGAGAACGCGAGCAUUGCACCAUGUCUUUAAAUGGUAAACUUCAAUGGGAAUGAUCUGUCUGGAUUGAUUGAUUUGCAUACUUCUGUUUGCUCCUUUUACUUCUUUUUCGCUUGCUGUUGAAAAUCGAGCGAAUCACGUUUGCAGUGAUUUGUAACUCAACAUUGUGUAUUUACACCGUAACUAAGGCUUUUAGUUUUAACAUAACGGAGAUUGCAACUGGAUCACGUACAGCAGAUAUGUGGGAAAACAGCAUCCCGAUACCUUUUGUACUUAAAAUGAAAGCAAGUCGUUUUUUUAAAAAAAAAAACAACUCUUCGCGUUAGCCCAAUUACACGUCUCAAGGCUGGUGCUACAACAAAACCAUUAUGUACUUCGAAGGUUUUUUUUUUUCCUUUCACACCAUUUUGUAUUAGUGACUGUACAGUCAGAAAUACUAAAACCGGCAGUGAGCACGUGUGACGGUCAUUUCUCAUAAUAACACAACAACGUAUGACAUGGUAAAAAAAAGGUUUGUUUACAGUCGUGUAAGCACGAAAGCUGGAAAGAGAAAUAACCGUUAUAUGUCCGUCCACGGUCCCAAACAAAAUGGAAAUCUGAUGUUUCAGUCUUGAGAUCGGUGAAGGCGAAAAUGCGGUCUUGUAGUAGUGGACACUUCCUCCAUCCGUCUUCCUACAGCGUCAGGUUUAAAUAACAUUAGUUUCUACAGCGUGCAGACUUUGUAAUAUGUGUAUUUCUUGCCCAACUACCUCUCGCACCGCAGCAAAGCAGCACUUCCACAAAGUUUAUAAAAAUGGAACAGAGGAUCUCUGUUUCUUGCUUGCGCUCUCUCCGAUCGCUGUCUCUUUAAUAAGCUUGUGGUUAUCUAGUGUAACAAAUGUCUCGCUGCCAUCAUCAAGUCCAGGCGAGGAGGGAGGAGUUUUUAAUGUUCAGUUUGUUCUGUGGAUCGAUGUUUGCUGGCAUCGCCUCACCCUGCCUGUGCUGUGUGAAUGUUAUAGUAUUACAUCCAAGCACUCCACUCUGUCCUUUCUUUACAUGUAUCACACACACAGAGAGAGACUGGCAUCUGUCAGCAAGCGCUCCCAGCUUCGCUUAGCAAAAGGAGAAACAAUCCGCCAUAGAUCGGGGAACAUUAAAAACACCAAAAAGGGCUCCGAUCUCUGAUCUGCUUUUUGUCCCCCCCCCUACACCCCCUUCUUUUCUUCAGUCAUUUCUGAUACUGGAUUAAAGGAAAGACCAAGAGUGCCGAGAUCAAAAGAGAGGCUCUUUCCGUUCUGUAUGGACUAUCUGAGACCGCAUACGCAUUUUACCUGGGCAGAGUCAACGUGAGCUGCGAAGGUGCAAAGAUGCCAAGGAGAAAACAACAAGCUCCGAAACGGGCAGCGGUGUACGUGCCAGAGGAAGAUAUCAAUCUCAGAGAGACUUCUGCGGGGGAUGAAGGAGAAAAUGACUCUCCGCCUGAAGAGAAGUGCCAUGACAAAGCCAGCGCAGAAGAGCCCGAGGAAAAGGAGACCGAUAACAAAAGCAGUUACAGCUACCAGAACUCGCCAGUGAGCGCUGCCUCCAAUCAGGAAGCCGAGUUAGAAUCUCGUCUCAGUGAUGCCAGUGACAGGCUGUCCGACUUCAAGAGCAUCUCCCCAUCAGGAAGCCAGAAGGACGAGGACACCAAGAGUCUGAAACUCAAAGAUGAGAUGCAAAAUAGCUUGGAAAAAAUGAGAGCAGCCUAUGCCAACUUCCUCUCAGAUUCCUACUGGUCAGGAAUUGGGCUGGAUCUGAAGGUGGGUGCCAACUCUGGCAAAGGGAGCUGUGACAGCACCAAUGGCAGCACCAAGAGUGACUUUGACUGGCACCAAGACGCUCUCUCAAAAACCCUGCAACAAACUCUUUCUCCAAAGCCUGCCUCCAAGCCAAACCUUUUCAGCUCUGUCCAUUUAUACAGGCAAAACAGUAAAACGUGCGGGACGGUUUUCACUGGGGCUAGUCGUUUCCGGUGCAGGGAGUGCAGUGCGGCCUAUGACACUCUGGUGGAGCUGACAGUGCACAUGAACAAGAGCGGGCACUAUCAAGAUGACAACCACAACAGACAUGGCAAUGCCUCCACAUCCUGCUCCAAGACAAGGAAAAGGAACCUGCAAGACAUGGAAGGGAAGGAAGAUGCUCAGAAAGUUCUCAAGUGCAUGUUUUGUGGUCACUCUUUUGACUCCCUCCAAGACUUAAGCGUCCACAUGAUAAAAACUAAGCAUUACCAAAAAGUGCCUUUGAAAGAACCCAUUCCUGUUAUUGCAUCCAAAAUAGUCCCCCCAGCAAAGAAACGGGCUUAUGAAGCCACUAGGCCAUGUUCACCUGAUUCUACCACAGGGAUUUCUGGAUAUACUGACUCUAGGGCAUCAGGCUUUCACAAUUCCCACAACCGGUAUGGAUAUCAGAAUGGUGCUAGCUAUACCUGGCAGUUUGAGACAUGCAAAUCUCAGAUUUUAAAGUGCAUGGAAUGUGGGAGCUCACAUGACACUCUUCAGCAGCUGACCACUCACAUGAUGGUUACAGGCCACUUUAUCAAAGUUACAAGUUCGGCUUCCAAAAAGGGCAAGCAAUUAGCCCUUGAUCCCCUGGCCGUAGAAAAGAUGCAGUCUCUUGCAGAGCCCCCAGUAAAUGAGACUCAGUCUGAUCCUGAGGGUGCAAAAGCAUCACCAAACAGCUUUGAAUUGGGAGAGACCGAGAUCCAGAAAGAAAAAGGACCAGAGACAACAGGCAACAAGACAGAAGAAAAGGAUGGGAAAGAUGGCAAACAGGAAACUGGGGAACAAAAAUCAGGGGAAGCAUCUUUUAAGUACCCUUACCUGCGAGAAGAAGACCUUGAGCAAGAAUCUGAAGGAGGAGGUGAUAUAUUGAAGUCUUUGGCCAAUACAGUUGCCUCAGCAAUCAAUAAAGCUCAGACUGGGACACCUAGCUGGAGUGCCUAUCCCAGCAUUCAUGCUGCAUACCAGCUUUCUGGAGUGAUGAAGAACUCCAACCUUCCAGUCUCUCAGCCAAUACAACUGAAGCAGGCAUUUAACAACAGGUUGAGGCCAAUAGCCCCAAAAGGGAAAUUUUAUCAGGCCGCCCCAGGUAUCGAGUCUUUUGCAGGUCAUCUCCAUAAUGUGGAAAUCAAAAAAGAACAGAGCAGCCCAUCUGAUGAUAAAGAGGCCCAAAUUGGAACAGCUGACCAGAAAGCCCCUGCUGAGAGUGAUGUCCAGAACGAAUCUUCUGUUUCUACACAGGCAGAUAAGGACAGUGUGAAAGAUAGUACUGAAACAAUGAAGGGGAACCUCACUCCAGAUUUCUCAGAGGGAAACAAGAAAUCACCCAGCCCUCCUGCUAGCAAUGGAGGUGGCAAUGUGUCAGCACUUAUCAAUGACUCUCCUGAGAUGCUUGGCGUAAACCCACUAAGUGCUUUGCAGUCUGUUUUGAACAAUCAUCUGGGAAAAGCUAAUAAGCCCUCUCAUCCCCGACCUGAGGCCACACUCACUGCAAGUACUCAAGCCAUGUUCUCCAAACUGAGCAGAAGCUUGGAGAAACCUGCCUUGGCACUCGUCCCCCCCAGAGCCAGCAGUCUUAACAGCUCCUUUCUGUUCGAGAGCAAUGACCAGCCCAUUGACUUGACAAAGUCAAAGAGCAGCAAAACGCAGGCCACCUCCCGGGUUCAAUCUUGCACUCCAGUGCCCCAAAAACAUGCCCUGUCUGACAUUGCUGACAUGGUCAAGGUUCUUCCAAAAGCCACGACGCCAAAACCUCCAAUGCCUUCAAGGAUGCCUUCCAUGAAACUUGAAACAGAUGUGAGACGCUUUGAGGACGUAUCAGCAGAGGUGUACUCAGUACACAAGAGAAAGGGGCGGCAGUCGAACUGGAACCCUCAACACCUCCUCAUCCUGCAAGCUCAGUUUGCCUCCAGUCUCUUUCAGACAUCCGAAGGCAAGUACCUACUGUCUGAUCUGGGUCCUCAGGAACGCAUGCAUAUCUCCAAGUUCACCGGGCUUUCCAUGACCACAAUUAGCCACUGGCUGGCAAAUGUCAAAUAUCAGCUACGAAAAACCGGAGGGACCAAGUUCCUGAAGAACAUGGACACUGGGCAUCCCAUCUUUUACUGCAAUGACUGUGCAUCUCAGUUCAGGACACCUUCGGCAUUCAUCAACCACUUGGAAUCCCACCUAGGCUUCCAGAUUAAAGAUAUGAAUAAAUUUCCAAUAGAACAGCAGACAAAGGUCGAGCCUGAACUGCCAAAGGCCAUAGGCGUGAAGGCAAUCGAAGGGCCGUCCGUGGAUGAAGAGGGUGACUCCAAGUUCAAAUGUAAACUGUGCAGUCGGACUUUUGCCAGCAACCACGCUGUAAAACUUCACUUAAGUAAAACUCACAGCAAAUCCCCUGAAAACCAUUCACAGUUUGUUGAGAUGGAUAAAGAAUAACAUUGUCAGUAA